AAAUCCCUCGCUGCGAACCCGCGGAGCACAGCGCGCCCUGCGGUUUUGUGACCUUCCAGGUCUGCGGCCCUAGAUGGAGACCAUGCAGGAGCUGAUUCCCUUUGCCAAAGAAAUGUUCAACCAGAAGCCCAGCAGAAAGAUGGUCAAGAUCUAUAUGCUGGGCAGCGUGCUGGCUUUCUUCGGGGUGGUUAUUAGCCUGGUGGAGACAGUCUGCAGCCCUUUCACCUCUGAAGAGCAGCUACAAGAGGAGAAGGAGGAGGAGGAGAAGAGACCUCCCCUGACCAAAGAGCACACUGUCCCCCAGAAACAGCGGGAUUUGAUCGUGGAGAAGAGCAAAGAGCAGGAUGUAAUGCAGAGGAACUUGGUGAUCAGGCAGCGUGCAUCCUAA